AUGGAUCGCAGCCUGUCAAGGGAUCAAGACCAGGAUAUCGUCAAGAACUCAUCCAUUUCGCCACACGAUAUGUUCGUCAGAAUUAGCAGAAAGUCACCAGCAGUACGCGAGUUACGACUCUCUAAGCUGUUUUCACACAGACGAUUCAGCUCCCACCGUGCUGCGAAAAUAAGCUUUUGGGAGGGCACCAGAUCAUCGUUUGCAAUAAAGACCGUUGGGCUAGGAUUGGGACUCAUUGGCGCAGGCCUUUCACAAUGGGAACAACCGCUUUCGGUCGGAAACGAUGUGGGUCUAUUAGAGGAUAAUCGUGAAUCGGUGAUGGUUGAUAAAUCAGUUGCACCAUUUUUGACCGAGUUGGGUCCUCCUGACUUCCCUCUCACGACCGCUUAUACGCUUCUGGGGUUCGGAACCCGCUCUGUUACUUUUGUCAAUUUUAAAGUUUACGCUCUGGGGCUUUACGUAGCCAAGCAGGAUUUGUCGUUGAUAUCGCAAAUCCUCAGCACCAAUUAUUUGUCGCAAGCGUUUGUCGACACGGAUGCUUCGAAAAGCCAUUCUGAAAACAUUGAGUUAGCUCUUAGAGAUCCUGUCAAAUCGAGAACACUUAUUGGGAACCUGAUUGACGGAGGGGUACGCAUGACAGCAAAAAUAACACCUAUCAGGAACACUGACUUCAAUCAUUUGAAAGAGGGACUAGUGAAAUCUAUCUUGAACCACCCGGACGCCAAGAGCAAUCAGGAAGUAGUGUCCAGGGGGAUUCAACAACUGAAAGAUGCUUUUAUCAGGAAAGGUUCCGUCCCCAAAAACGAUGACUUGCUAGUUGAGCUACAAGUCAAUGGCUCAUUGCAGUUAUCGUACCGUUCUCGAAAAUCAGAAGAGCAAGUGAUGCUGGGCCGGGUCGACGAACCGCUUAUUGGGAGACUUCUCUUCAGUCAGUAUCUCAGCGGACCAAAACCUUUGAGUUCGACGGCAAGAGACUCAUUUGUAGCCAAAGUUAAGACUUUAGUAUGA